ACUAGGAAGGGAUCAGUGACUGGCCGACCAUUGACGACGUCGGACUGUUGGAUGGGGUGUUUAAUUUGUUGCGUUUUAUUGUAAAUCGCGUCGUGGUAAAAAAAAAUUUGAAACGAUGAGUUUCUUUUCGCCUGUACGAUUUUUACUGCCACGUAGACUUAACGCAUAGCGAAUUUAUAGCCGAAAUUUAGUUUUAAGUUGGAGAAGUUCGAAGAACUGGAAUAAGUGCGGGAAUAAGACCGAGAGAAGCUGAAGUACGGCAUUAAUACUAGAAACAUAGAAUCGGACGAUAAGCUAUUAGCAAUGGAGCGGAGGCACGAAAAAAUCCUAUCUAAGAUGCAGUACAGAAUAGUACACGAUGUAGAUGUCACUAACGUAAUAGACUCUCUAAUCUCUCAUAGGAUUAUCAAUGAUGACGCUUAUGAAAAAAUUACUAAAUGUGCCAGCCGAGAGGAGAGAACUCGGAUGCUCCUCAUCUUCCUAAGACAAGGUGGUCCCAAUGCUUAUUCGACGUUCAAAGAAGCUCUUAGGAGAAACUACGACUGGAUAAUAGAAGAAAUGGAGGCAUUAGAGGAAUCCGAGGACAGCAUAGAUUUGCCUGACACAGCUGUGGGUCAAAAUAUCCCGCACCCUCAUUUACCAGCUACUCCACCAUUAAAUGUUCCAAGAACACAAAAGAUGGAGCAGCUUCGCAAGGGAUUAGAGGAGCUAAAACCAGGCGACUAUUUCGCUCUCCAUGGAUUACAAGGUUUUGGGAAAUCAUCUUUAGCUAGUGCAGCCUUGAAGGAUGAAAAUUUUGUUGAAAAUUUCUUUCAGAACGAAAUCUACUGGAUUAAAUUCGGGCAGCAACAGUCGCUUGCUGAGAAUAUUCUUGUGCAGUUGAAUAUGCUUUUCCAUCGUGUUCGAGAUCUUGAUCAUCUGGCAGAACCCACCACCGAAGAUGCUUUGAAGUAUUCCUUAAAACGUCACUUUUCUCAACACAAAAAUGCUCUCCUCAUUCUUGACGAUGUCAACAGACGUGAAAUAAUUGAUGCUUUCGAUUUUGGCUGCAAAACUCUGGUGCUCACAACAGAUAUUGGCAUUCUAAAAGAAAGAAGAGUCAGCGUAAUUGAAAUGAAUGACGGGUUCACAGCUGAAGAAUCACUGACAUUGUUUGCCAGAGCAUUAGGUGUCUCAGUUGCAGACUUGCCUCCGCAAGCACGUCAGAUACACUUGGAGUGCAGGGGAAUGCCUUUAAUGGUCGGUAUGUUUUCGUCCCAAUUCGAGGAAGUUAAGGAGAGUCUUACUCAAGGAAAAGGCAGAACUGCUAAUUGGGCCUACUACGUUAAUGCUUUGCGGAAGAAGAAGUCUUUUGUAGUACAGGAAAGCCUCACAAAACUUUACGCAAUUUUUGAUAUGUGCAUCGACCAACUGAAACCAGAAGACCGGCGACGUUACAACUCCCUCGCAAUUUUUCCUGAAGACGUGAAUAUCACGACCAAAACACUGUCCAUAUUUUGGGCUUGUGACCCUGCAGAGGUUAAUCUAGAGAUGGUGAAGUUUUUGAAGAAAUCUUUAGUAGUUAGACAGUGGCAUCCGCGAUACGAGACGUUCAUAUACGGGGUCCAUGACUUGGUCCUGUCUCACCUACGGAGCAAACUGAGCGCUCAAGAUCUUGCGGACCUGCAUAGAUUGUAUGUAGAGAAAAAUUUCACAAUAUGUCAUGGGGACUAUUCUAAACUACCGGUAGAUAAUUAUAUCCACUCGUACAUUGGAUACCACAUGGAAAAAGCAGGAAUGAAUGAUGAGUUUGCUGAACUUUAUUUAGACUUUGCUUUUAUUGAAGCAAAAAUCUUCUAUAUUGGACCCGGCGAUCUGUUGAUAGAUUUGAAGAAAUAUAGGAAUAACAUCACCGGAGGUUCUCUUGAACUCUUGGCCAGAGUUGAAGAUCUCGAGAAAUUCCUCAUCCAGCAAGCUCCGACGUUGGCUGAGUAUCGGCGAAGAAAGUGCCUGGAUCUUGUUCAAGUUGCUCUUAAGCAUCCGUACCCCGGUUUUAUAAGAGACACUGCCGAGCGACUGGCACUGAUGAGACCGGAGAAGCUAUACUUUAACCACAAGCACAAUACGCAGUGCUCGAAUUCUUUCAGUGAAGAAUUGCACAUGCAAGUGAGAUGUGUAGCAUUUACGCGUGAAUCGCAAGAAAUUUUAGUUGGAAAUGACGAGGGAAAGGUCAUUCUAUGGAAUUGUAAUAGUCGUCACCAUAUUGCAUUUUACGGAAAUGAUACUGAAAAGGCUAUCAGAAAGAUAACUGUUUCCAAUGAUGGAAAAUAUUUCGUGUCUAUCAGCGAAGAUGGGAAGGCAAAGCUGUUCGACUUCGACGAACAUCUCGACAAAUUGCAGGGGAGCUACAUGAAAACCUUAAAUCCCAGGGCAAAACAGCCUGAUUGGAGAACUAUGUAUCACUCGAAAAGCAAUCAGGACGAUAGCCGACUUACAUUUUCGAUUGAGAAUGACAAAAUUAUAGACGUUGCCAUUUCAGUCGACAGUAAAAUAAUCGCUGUGUGUACUGAUAACGGAUCCAUCGCGGUAUGGGACAGCAUUGGAACAACUAUGGUCAACCCAUCCUGCAUCGCGAAUGGAAAUGCCCUGAGCAGUAUUGCAUUUACGGCAUUCAAUAAGUCGCUCCAUACAAUAAAUGCAGAAACAGGAGCGUUGGUGAUAUCAAAUGCGGCUGAUGGCAGAUACCAGACGCAAUUUAGAUUACAUUCAGAUAAAGUAAAAACAUUAUCCUUGAUGUCUGUACCGCGUUAUAGCAACUUGUUGAUCGUGCUAUUGGAAACCAAAUUAAUACGAGUUAGCUGGGACUUGAAUGGAAUAGUCUUUAGUUGGCCCAAAACCGAACCGUUUGCUUUACUGGAAGACCGAACAAUUGUAUAUACCUGUGCCACCGUCACCAGAGAUGGAGAAUAUGUUGUGACAGCGGACACUGGAGGGUCUGUGAACGUGUACAAGUUACACGAGAGCGAUGAGAUUAUUAAAACCUAUAAAAGUUUAGUGACGAGUUUGGAUACUUACUGGCUCGAAUAUGAGGGCUGUCACAUAAUUUGCGGUGGAAAUCGCGAUACAUUGGUUCCGAUGGUUCACCGAUGGAAGUUCGACCCAAGCGAAAAGCCCGUGGUCCAAAGGCUGGCACUUUUUGACGCCUCCGUUAAUCAAGGAGGUCGAAAUGUGAUAGCGGUUGCAACGUCAAACGACACUGUGCAGAUAAUUCAGAACGAAGAAAUAAUUGCGGAGACUCCUCCGGUCGAUGGAAAAAUAACUGGUCUUUCAAUUUUUGACAAUGCUAACGUUAUCGCCUAUGCCGCUAACAAUGGAGCCGUCUGGCUUUUCGACAUCAAACACAAUUCUACUGAAGAGAUUAUGACACUGCCAACGCCAGUCAAAUUCAUGACUGUAUUAACAAUCGACAAGGAACAUGUGAUAGUGUGCGGAGAAAGAACUGAAGAUUUGAGGAUAAAAUGGUUGAACGAGGAAGGUUCUCACUUAGUGGAAAACGCCGGUGCUGUGAUAUUUUGCGAAUUGCUCAAAAAUAUUCAACGCGUUCUGACCGUGUCAGAAAAAGUGAUAAAACUAUGGGACCCCAAAACAUGGAAACUGCAAUCGAAGGAAGAGUCAAAGAUGGGAUCAAAGAUAAGCUGCUGUUGUCUGAGCUCAAAUGAAAAUUAUUUCGCGGUAGCAAACGCUGACGGGAAUUUAAACAUUUUGAAAAUACUUCAACACAAUACCACUCGUGUCUCAAGCUGCAAACUACUUUUCGACCAGAAAUUCAAUGAGGGCAUAACAGCAUGCAGCUUCUCGCACGAUGAACUGCUGCUUGCUGUCGGAUUGACCAGUGGUGAAAUAAAUAUAAUCAACAUCCAAACACCAUCGGAUAUUAUAACGCUGAAGUUGCAUCGUCGAGCAGUAAGGCGCCUGUAUUGGGGACCUGUGGACAUCGACGAGUACAUUUUACUCUCUUUGACAAACGAGCUAGCCUGGUGGAACGUUUCAUCGUUGGCUAAUCGCAUACCAAAAACGAAUCACGCUCCAGAGAUCAGACACAGCAUGGGUGAGUUACCAAUAAGUUCCAACAGAGGUGCCGCUGUUCCAACUAUCUCCCCAGAUUGGGGGAUGAGAAUGAGAACUAGCAAAAGUUUAGACCUUGCCAGUAUGCAGCGUAUUGUUCCGAUAGUUCCUUUAGCUGACGAUGUAUUCGAAAUUGAAGAAAAAAAAGAUUCCUCGAGUGAGGCUUUGAAUGAUAAAAAGAAAGGUGUUUCUAACAGCAACGAUAAAAAAGAGGCAUUUUUGUGGAAGAAUAAAAAACCGAAGUAUCCAGAAAUUCCGGGUUUACUCGGGGUGAUAAAACUUGACGGUAACAUCGCUAAUAAAGUCCAAAUUUCGAAGGACUUUACUAAUUUUAUUACAAUUGACGGAGAAGGGUCCAUUUAUGAUAUGACCGUUCUUGAGUCGAGCAAUAAUAUCAGAAAUAGUGGUACACAGAACGGUAACGGGAAUCAUAGCACCUAGCAUUCAAUCAGAACCGCAAAGCAUGCGCAUUCAAAUAAGAUGACAAAUUUUACAUGGUCGAGUUUUGCGAGCGGUCUAAGUCUGCACUUGUUGAGGUUCACGUUACUCGGUUUCAGAUCCGGAAGAUUAUAUUGAGUAAAAUUAUCUACAGUUAGUUAAAACAUUGAAUCAACGUUUGAAAACUUUUGCAUUUACCAUAGUAAUUAGUAACAGAAAACCAUUUCUCAUUGUCAGAGUUACAAAUACUGCCAACACAUUGUUUUUUCGCCUCAUAGUUUUAAUUAUUUCUACAAUAAUCAUCUGAUCCAUGAAUUAUCAUUAAUUUCUGUAAGGUACUUCAACGUUUUACCUCUUAAUAUGCAUUUAUUUUCAGAUAGAAUUCAAAUAUUUUAAAGAUUGAAUUGAAUAAUACAGCAUACAUAAUAAUGAUCAAUUAGAAACAGCGACUGAACUAAAUAUUUGUGCCCUAUCUUAGCGAAUAGAAAUUUUGAUUUUUUGAUAAAUAUUUACAUUUUUCUAUUCUUUUACUUUUUAUAUAACUGUCUUUAAUGACAUACAUACCUUAUUGUGAUACAUAAAUAAAUGUAAAUGUACUGAACGGUGCAGUAUAGAUUUUGCAGUAAUAGAGUAGAGAAAGAAAGAAAGUCUUCUUCCAUCAGAUGCGAACUUUGCUUACGUAUAUGUAUAUCAUAAAAUUACGAAGCAUCCCAUACUCGUGAAAAAAGAAACACGAGACCCCCUUGAUUUUAUUAUUUUUUUUUGUUUUAUUCUCUUCAAGUUGGAAAAAAAAUCCACAACGAAUGUUGAUACUCGCUGAUAACUUGCUUGCUGUUAUUUGCUCAAUUUUAACUAAUGAUCAACAUCUAGUGUUGAGGUAUUCGUAAUAGCCAUAAAUUGCAAAAGAAUUAAAAAAAUUAAUCCUUAUUAAGGUCUGAAUCCCGGUCGGCGACGUUUUAAAUGUUUUUAUUUCUCUUUUAAAUAAAAAUAAAAUAUUAUCAACAAACUUAAAAAAAAUCCAUGUUAUAUGAAUAGUAAGACAUAGUGAUUGUCAUUGUAUAUUUUUACAAACUUUUGAAAAAAAAAGAACGUUAUUAUCUAUGGAUAAUAAUAUAUCGAUAAAAUGAAGAUUUUUUUUUUAUAGGUACAUAGUAUUUACGAAAAAAAGAGAGAAUUACUUUUUAAAGAAUUGCGAUGGUAUGUUUACUCCAUAUUGGUUUUUAUCGGAAUCUUUUAAUUAUCGAUCAUCGUGCUCGACAUAUUUUUACCUUCGAAUGUGAAUGAAAUGAGCAAUCGUAUUCAGAUAAUUAAUUUUCUUAUAUUUAUAAAUAAUUAUUUACACCUAUGACGCCUGUAUCUAUAUGGGUAUGUGUAAUAUAAUUUACAUUGCAAUUAACCAUCAUCGUUGUUAUAGUAGUAAUAAUAUAGUAUUAUUAGUAGAAUUGUUAAUUGGUCAUCGGCGCUGUUUUUUUUUUUAUUUCUUUCUAACUUUUUUUUUAAUAUUGGUGCAAUAAUAAUCAUGGGAUCGAUCUAUCCAAUCGUUUCGAUCAAUGGUAAUUCAGCCAUGUUAUGAUAAUCAAAGAAUGUUGAAAGGUGAUGGUAGAAAUUGUAAUUAUAAUGCAAGAAAGAGAAACAACAAACUAAAUUAUCCAAUUACAAUUCUCAGUAACUGUGUGAAGGAAUGAAUGAAAUUGAAUAAAUAAAAUGUUAUAUAUUUAUGUUAAUUAUAUAAUAAAGGUGGUGAUGAAAUUUGAGAAAAUAAAAAUAAUCUGUAAUUAAUUACAUUUGUUAUAUUUAUUAUAACGAUAAGUAUAGUAACAUUUCAGGGAGGCUUGAAAUAUUCUCGUGUAAUUAUAUAUUGAACUAAAAAUUAUUCUGUAUUAGAUAAACCGAACAAAGAUUGUUGUAUAGAGGUGAGAAAAUGUGUCGUGAUUAUUUUUUCACAACAGUCUCGAAGAUUGAACCAACGUGAAAUUAUUAUGUUAUCAAAAAAUUGUAUUAAUAUUUAAAUUUGCGUCGAAGAUCGCUAACAUGUAUUUUUAUAUCUUUUUGAUACACAUAAAUAUAUGUAUACAUAAAUAUUAUUUGUAUUAUGUUGCGUUUGCAGAAAUGUAUAAUUCAGAUAAUAAAUAUAUGCUAUUGA